CUCGAACCGAAAGGGGGGGAUACUCCUGGAGCUCUGAGAGGGAACGAAGCUUCGGAGUCAGGGUGGGACUGCCGAGUCGAUCAGUCUCUCCUUCGUCGAUCGUCCAACACACAACAAAAUGGCGGAUAAGGAUAAGAAAGUAAAGAAGAAGAAGGCGAAAGAAGACGCGCCUGCGGAAGAAGCCCCAGCGGCGGCGCCCGCGGCUGGCGGAGACAGGCAGUCAUCACGUGGCAGCCGCAAGGCCAAGCGCACCGGCUCCAAUGUCUUCUCUAUGUUCUCACAGAAGCAGGUCGCCGAAUUCAAGGAGGCCUUCCAGCUAAUGGACCAUGACAAGGACGGCAUCAUCGGCAAGAACGACCUGCGCGCCACCUUCGACUCCCUCGGCAGGCUGGCGUCAGAAAAGGAGCUCGACGAGAUGGUGAACGAAGCCCCUGGCCCCAUCAACUUCACCCAGCUCCUGACCUUGUUCGCGAACCGCAUGUCCGGCGGCUCCGACGAGGAUGACGUUGUCAUCAACGCCUUCAAGACCUUCGACGAUGACGGCAAGAUCGACUCCGAGAGGCUCAGGCACGCCCUCAUGACCUGGGGCGACAAGUUCAGCGCCGACGAGGUCGACGAAGCCUACGACCAGAUGGAGAUCGACGACAAGGGUUUCAUCGACACCAACAAGCUGAUUACGAUGCUCACCGCCAGCGCCGAGGACGAGGAGGGCGGUGAAGCCGCGUAAUGAUUCCACCGCCAGCACACAAGGUCCAAGACGAAGAUCGCAGUCGCCGCCCGGCCGCUCGGUUCCAAGACAUCGCAUUAAAGAGCACGAUGUGAACCGAACUUUUUAUUAUAAUUUCUACUAUGUAAUAAUUUAUUGUUUCCAUUUUUUAAUUUAUAUAUAAUGAAAAUAUAGUUCUACUAUUACCAACACGUGUAGUACUGUCCCCGCGUACGUCGUAACACCAACACGACCUUUGUAAAGAAUACUAUGUAUUCAUAAUGUUCUAUUUACAAAUAAAGUUUCAGUCAAGUCUGAUAAUAUGUGCCAGAUAAAGGCUAUUUUGUAUUAA